CAGUUCAUUUUGUAAAACAUGUCGGCAAUCAACAUGGCGAGUUUUCUGCGCAAUAUCAACAGAGCUAUCUCGCAAUUCCACCCUGGCCUGUCCAGCAAAGUGAGCAAGGCGUUUCAAGUGCAGCCAUUAGCAAGAUGCCUGUCUACAACUCAACGUCUCAAUGUGGAGUUUUGUGAGAAUCCUUUAGAAGCAGUCAGUGAGAUACCUGAUAAUGCAACACUUCUUGUUGGAGGAUUUGGACUGUGUGGCAUCCCAGAGAACCUCAUCCAAGGGUUACUGGAUACAGGAGUAAAGGAUAUAACAGCAGUCAGUAAUAAUGCAGGUGUGGAUGAUUUUGGUCUUGGUCUACUCUUGAAGACGAAGCAGAUCAGGAGGAUGGUGUCGUCAUACGUCGGUGAGAAUGCAGAGUUUGAAAGGCAAUAUUUAUCUGGAGAGCUGGAAGUCGAGCUCACACCACAGGGUACACUUGCAGAGAGGAUACGAGCAGGAGGGGCAGGGGUGCCAGCCUUCUUCACCCCUACCGGUUUCGGUACCCUGGUACACCUUGGUGGAUCACCUAUCAAAUACAAUGACGAUGGAUCGGUAGCCAUCACCAGUGACCCUAGAGAGGCAAGGAUGUUCAAUGGCGUAGACUACAUCAUGGAGAAUGCUAUCGUAGGGGACUAUGCCCUUGUGAAGGCAUGGAAGGCCGAUAGAGCAGGCAACCUCAUCUUCAGAAAAACAGCCAGAAACUUCAACCCACCUAUGGCUAGAGCUGCCAAGAUCACCAUUGCUGAAGUUGAAGAGAUAGUUAAUGUAGAUGCCUUCGCACCUGAGGAUAUUCAUGUACCAAGUAUAUAUGUUCAGAAGGUCGUCCUUGGAAAGAAUUACCAGAAGAGGAUAGAGAGGCUGACAUUGUCCAAAGAAGAAUCUGAAUCCGGCGACGAAGCUAAAAGUCCAGCUGCACUUAUGAGAGAAAGAAUUAUCAGGAGAGCUGCGUUAGAAUUUGAAAAUGGAAUGUAUGCUAAUCUUGGUAUUGGGAUGCCCAUGCUAGCCAGUAACUACAUCACACCAGAUAUGAAAGUCUAUCUACAAAGUGAGAAUGGAGUGCUUGGAUUGGGUCCAUUCCCAAGGAAGGGAGAAGAGGAUCCAGACUUGAUCAAUGCUGGUAAAGAAACAGUCACCGUGCUUCCAGGUUCCAGUUACUUCUCUAGCGACGACUCCUUCUCCAUGAUCAGAGGAGGACAUGUUGAUCUGACGAUUCUUGGUGCCAUGCAGGUAUCUAAAUAUGGAGAUCUUGCCAACUGGAUGAUUCCGGGUAAGAUGGUGAAGGGCAUGGGAGGAGCUAUGGACCUGGUCUCCUCUCCUAGGACCAAGGUGGUUGUGACCAUGGAACAUGCUGCUAAGGGAGGCAAGCCAAAGCUGCUUUCAGAAUGCAACCUCCCGCUGACAGGAAGGAGAUGCGUGGAUAGAGUCAUCACAGAAAUGGGUGUGUUUGACCUCGACAGUGAGAAAGGCAUGACCCUGAUCGAGAUCGCAGACGGUGUGACUAUCGAGGACAUCAUCGAGAACACCGAAGCCGAGUUUGAAGUUGCUGAAGAUCUUAAGCCCAUGGGACAAGUCUGAGGUGACCCCAUUUGUUAAUAAUUGGAACUGAAUGAAAUGGAAUUGCUGAAACUUAUGGGGCUCGUUCAGAUAUGCAGAGGUAAACCUUUUUUUAAUAAAGGACCUGUGUGUAUUCACUGAGCUGUGGUGUAGGAUACAGGAAUGUGAAGUGUAUUACAAUUACCUCAUUAUUCAAAAAGACCUGGGCCCUGUUUCAUAAAACUUGUUAUCAAUAACAAAUGGUAAAUUUAUAUGACAAAUUAGCUCUCAGCCAAUCAAAUGCCAUGAUUUCAGUAG